UGGGGAGUAGGAAAGGGGCACAGGAUUGCCUAGUGGCUGGGAACCGGGCUGUGGGCCGGGGACUGCCUGGGACCCUGUGUGGGAAUAACGUCCAUGGGUCCACUUGAAGGGCUGGAGAGUUUCCUGCAUGGCUUGCUGGGGUUGGGGAAGGGUCUGGAUGCCAACCAAAUGCCCAGGGCGUGUAAGGACUCCAUUCUGCCACACAAUAUGUAGCGAUCUUGCAUUUGGCGUUCCCCUGCUGGAUCAGGUGAAGGGGAAGGACAGGAAGCAGCGGCGGCUGCCCUUACUCAGCCCCUUCCCCCCUCCCGGGUGUCUUGGGUGGGCAGGCCUGGGGCACACAGCGCUUGUGACAGAAGCAGCCCUGCUGGGAGGCCAUUUCAGAGCUCACUGGAGUCCAGACCUGGGCAGUCAGGGGCCUUCAUUGAGUAGGCUGCCCUGUGGGGCAAGGACCCCCAGAAGUGGCCCCUUGGCCAGUCAGCAUCGCUCCUGGGCCAGCACAAGCGAAUGGGGCCGCCUGGUUGGUGGAGGCUGACCUGUCCUGGCCCAGGCCUCGGGCAGAACCAAGGCUGUCAAAGCGAGUCUCACAACACCCUUGAGAAGCCAGAGCGCAUCCGUUUCCUGGCAGGCCCCAGGUGGUGCCAGCUGCCCUCAGGCAGUGCCAAGGGGAGGAGAGGCCCUCAGGCAUGAGGGGGGCAGGAUCUCUGCCUUCCUUCAAUGGGGGUGCCUGCCGCUACUGGGCUCGGCACUUCCUCAGCCAAAUGCCACCAUCAGUCGUGGGCCACUGGAGGAGCUCCUGGCUGAGGAAACCCCAAGGCAACCCCAUGGAGCCCUUAUCUCCGGAGCUCUUAUCUACAGGCCUGCUUUCCAUGAGGCCGGACUUCCUUGAGGGGGUGGCCGAGAAACCACAGAUAGGAGUCAAUGUUCGUAAGCAUUUCGAGAAAGGCGGGAGGGGGUGGUCAAAAAAAAAAUCCCGUAAAAGGUCAUAUGGGAAACCCCUUGUUCUUCACCAAACCCACCAAACCCCUCGAUUGGCUGAGGAGACACUCCCUGCCCACCCACGGCAAUCAUCCAGCGGGACCACCUCCCUUGUUCCCUCUUGGCACCCAGAGAAGGACGGCUUUAGAGGGUGGUAUAGAAAGGGUAAGAUGGUGUGAGCUACCUCUUUUGAGUUAUGGGUCUGGCUGCAGCAUAAGAGUUAGAGGUUCAGGUGAAUGCAAUCCCCCCCCCAAAGGAACAUUUCCUCUGUGCUCACUCUUCUUGGGACAGCCAUAAGUCCUGCCUGCCCAAUGACUGACAAAAACAUGCCUCCCUUGUGUGCCCACAUCCUGGGCCCUGGAAGCUGCCUCUCUGCUGGGCCAGCUAGACAUGUAGGCCAAGAAAGCAGGCUGCGGUGAAGCUUCAGGGUCUCCCCUAGCUUUGCUCCAGGGGGAGGCUUUGCAGUACUCCUUCCGUGGCUUCCAAAGCCUUUGUGUGGAGCCUCGGGGGGCCCUGGCACCCUCCUUGGACUUCUGAACAGAGCUGAGCCAGCACACAAGGGAAGCAGUAGCCAGGGAAUGGGCCUGGUGGCUGCAAGAAGGCAGUCAAAGCUACCCCACCCCAACCUCCAUGAAGAGAGGGAGGGAGGCUGGAAUUUUUAAGGUGACACCAGGCCCUCAAAGCUUUGUAAAUCCACUCUGGUGGGUGGGCUGUGGGUAUUCGAAUGAAAAGGGUAGUGGCAGGGUGGAGUUCCCCAUCCCUACCACAGUUUCCCCUCCUGGCAGAAGAAGCCAAGAGCCGGGGGAGUACAUAGGCUCUCAGAUCUGUCCCAAGCAAGGAAGUCUGGCCCUGCAGACCACAGCGGUUCCACUGCCUCAGCUUAGGAAUGGCUGGGAAGGAGUCCGAAAUGCAAGGGCCAGCAGACACCCGAAGAAUGCUGAACUGGAGCUGCCCACAGCCUUGUCCAGCAGUGGCCAGUCAGCUGCCCCCAAACCGGACUGGUGAGCCACAGUGCCCACCAUUUAGGUUGAUUUAGUCGCCUCACCUCACCCCCUUGGUUCAGCCAGCCAGAUUGGUGCUUCCUGCUUCAUCUUUUGGCAGCUAAAUUCCACAGGUGACCUCUGUGUGCAGGUGAAGUUGUCCCUCCUUUUGGCUCUUUAGGAGGACAUGGAGGCUUAACUGUCUAUCUCCUUUUUUCAAGUUUUUUUUUUUUCAAGUCCAUUUCUUCCUAAGGAGGAGCUUCCGUUCUUUGAUGGCUUCUCUGACACACAUGUCAGCCAGGUUCCUCAGGCUCUUCCAAACACAUUCUUUUUUUUUUUUUUUUUUCAAAUCUUGGCAGAAAUCGUCUAGCUCAGAAUCCAAAACUCGGCUUAGCAAGUUGCAGCAUUCUGUGUUUUAGGAGGCAGAAUGUCCUUCAAUGAAGAAUGUAGCACAGGUGGCUCCAGCUCCCUCACUUAGGUGCUUACUAGCACUUCAUAGUUGCUUCGAAGCUGUGUUGUGUCUUCCAGUCUCUUUGUCAACCAGACUUCUGAAAUUUGGAAGGCAGCAGACCUCUCUUGAAAGGCCAUCCAGCCAACCAUCAACUGCUCUGGCCCUCUGAGACCAGUUUCUCCUGAUGCUUGUAGCUGCUUUUCCUCCACGCUUCCUGAAGGCCCAGGGAACCUGAGCUCUUCUCCACGGCGCCCUCUGACUGGCUUUGUCUUUGCCUCCCUGUAAGCACCCCAUCUCCAAUUCAAGCUUCCCCUCCUCCCAUGAUAGAUGGAGUGGUGGUAGUCAAGCCGGCCUCCCUCUCCUUGCUUUCCCUGCCCAGAGGUUGAAGCCUCUGUCUUGAGGGAGGGAAGCAAAUAGGCUCUGAGGGCAAUAAUUCCCUCUCUCCAGGCUCGGCUGAUGGACCCACCACAAAGGGUGUUCCCUUGGCCUCUUCCCCCUGGCCCUCCUGCCAGACUCCUGUGUGUUUGCUCAGUGAAUCCUUUGAGAGCCCCAUCUUUUGAUAAAUCAUGUCUUCCGUCUUUUCCUUAAUUUCGAACGUAUAAGGCCACCCAGCUCCGGGCACUCCAGGCAACAUACAAUACAAUCAAGUCAUUAAACAGCAAACAAACCUCACUUCUUUCAGAUAGCUAUUGCAAAGCUGUCUCCUGUACAGGCCCCAAGCCAGUUUCCAGGGCUCCUUGACCCACAGCCAUCUUGAGAAGAGGGGAAGUCACCCUUGCCACUCAACCCACAUCUCCACAGAGCCUCGGCAAGGCGGUUUCCUCUCACAGCAUAGUUGGGCCGUGUCCUCUCAUUUUCUCAUGGCUGUCUCAUGCUUUGCAGAAGUCAGGGAAUAGCAUAGCCAGAACACCCAGAGGCUGCUUUCCAAUUUUUGCACAGCCUGUGCCCCUGAGUCGGGCAACAUCUCUGCUAUUGCCCUGUCUUCCAGCUCAUUCUGCUCUGCACCCUAAAGAUGGUUGUAGUUAUCUUGGCUUAUGUUUGCUGAUUCUAGGGGUCUGGAAUCCCCAGGCUCAGUCAUAUACAGCAGCACCUAAUUCUAUGGUCUUUGCAAAUGAACAACUUCCUGCUGGAAUUCCUCCUUACCUAGCACAGCUGGUGUCUCAUCGCUUUCAGGGGUGGUACUUAAGACAGUGUCUUAGCCUUAUCGUGGAAACUCUGACUUGUUCUGGUAAGAAUAUUUUUUCUAUUACACCCCCACAAACCAGAGUGAGUAAGAAUCCUUCCAAAAAAUAUCCUUCCUCUUUUUCACCAACCUCCAACCUGUGGUAUCCCAGGGGUUAGGCAGGACCAAUCUUGGCAGCUCCAUUGUGGGAUGGCUGAUUGGUCUUUUAAGUUGGUGGACAAAUCCUGUGACUUCUCCUCUGUGGCCCGGACGUAGGUGCAGGGACAGCACCCACCCACCCCUCUGGGCUGUUAAAGAUGUAACUUGAGACCAUCCUUAUUUACAGCUAAUGUGUUCAUCCACCUUUGGGCUUAGUGUCCUGCAUAAUGUGUUUUGCAGUCAAAGGAAAAAUAGGUGUCAACCAAUUUCCUUGUGAUUCUGCUUUAUCUGAGGCAGGCCUGGGUCAUCCAUGUUUAUAGCCUGCUCAAGUGAGCCAAGGUUACUUAACAAAGAUUGAGGUUCGGAAAGGUGGCAGAUUUUCAUGGCAUCCUGGCAUGACUUUGGCCUGCAGACUGACACGGCUUCUCCCAGCCUUUGCACAAGGAAUGGGGUAAGGCAACUAAGGUACUUGCCCCAUGGACGUUUUGCCAUCUCUCCCUUCAGAACAGAGUGGGCCUGGGCAGGAAGGGGGUGGCUCAGAAGUAAAGCAGUUGCUGCAUCUUGCUGCAGUUGUAACUGGGAACUCCUCCCUUCCCCCCCACUAUUUAUCCUUUCCGACUCAUCUCUUCCUUGCAACAACCUGACCCGGUAGUUAUCUGUUGGUCCAGGUCUGGAGAAGAUCACAGUGGGUCCAUCUGCUGCUGCCCCAAGAAGGAAACAAGCAUAGACAGGUUAAUCAUUUUUUUCCAUUUCACGGGCAUUUGAAAUCAAAGAACUGUGAAGCCACUUGAAAGCUCAGUGAAAGGAAUGAAAAGUAAGAGCAAAAUGCCCGUUUUAAUGCCUGCUCCUUCUGCUGGCUGGAGGCCAGUGUCUGGGGCAGCUGAAGAGCUGAUCCACAGCUCUGAACCGCUGAACUUUUCCCUGUAGAUCUGGGGCUGAAGCUCCUAAGUAAGACCAGACAUGGGCACCAGUCAUCAGAAGGGAGAGAUCUGCCAUGGUUGGGCCAGUCGGGAUCUGUGUGUAGCAUCUUUUAACCCCUCCUGUGAGCUAAGGGGAAGAGUUCAGCUUGGAGGGCUUCUCGUGCUCAAAGAGAGAGCCCCUUGCCCACCCUGCGGGCAGAUUCUCUCCACUUUCUCAAUGGGGCCAGAUGCCCAAAGGUAUGAACGGGGCCGGCUGCCUCCCUCUUUGGCUAUGGACCCCAGAUUCAUAGUGGAGCCACAAGAAAUGUUGCGAAAGGUCAGGGAGUCUUAGUGGACCAUGCGCUGAACAUGAGCCAACCCGGCUGCAUCAAGGGAGGUCGACUGCCAAGCUUAUCAGAGAUCAUAGUUCCUUUUCUAUUCUGCACUGGUCAGACCACGCCUAGAAUAUUUUGUCCGGAUUCUGGGUGUUGCAUUUAGGAAGGACAAGGAUGUGGAGGAUCCAAAGAAGAUCAGAGCUGGGAAAGAGCAGCUCACUAGGACCUGCUGGAGGCAGCAUGUAUGCCCAGCCUGGAGAAGAGCCAUCUGCUUGGGCACAUAACAGUCAGCCGCAAACAUCGGAAGGGGGACAGGUGGAAGGCAGGUCAGAGUCAUUCUGGAAGGCAGGACAAGAAGGAACAGGGCUAAGUUGGUCAGGUAUCAGCAAAAUUCUCCUAAGGGUCAGGUUCUUCAAGACCGGAAGAGGCUGCCCUGGGAGUCAGUGGACGCUUCUUGGUUGGAGGUACUCCAAACAUGGGAGGGGGGAGCAUUUGUCCCUGGGGGAUGCUAUGCAGUGAAGCCAAGAAUUUCUCCGCAGGGCUGGAUGAUCCAGGAUCCUUUCCAGCCCUUCUAUUCUGAGGUCCUCGGAGAAGCUCAUCAAAUAACCCAGAAGAACCUGGCCAGAAUCCACAGAGAAACCCGGAAGAGGCCCAUGUGGGUGCCCACCUUUGGCUGGGUCUUUCACCAACUGCAGGCAGUCCAGACCUUGCUUGUAAGCGGGCUGUCCUGGCUCAGGACUUCCUGGGCUGCUGGAAAGGGAAGGACCUUCAUUUUACUCCAGCCCAAACCCAGGGCUCCUGCUGUGGGGAGUCCCCUCUGGCAUCACUCCAAGCCCAAUUGUCAGUGGGGCCAGGAAGAGGCUGCCUUGUCCAUAGCAGCUCCCUCUCUGCAAGGGAGAGUCCCGGGGCGGGGGAUGCCCUGACAGCUUCUCCCUCCCUUACCCGCCCCCUCCUCCUGUGUCAGAGGUUUCCUCCCCCCACAUCAGAAAUGGUAUAUUAGGUCAGCCCUCCUCCAGCCUUCCUCUCAGAGGACCGAAGGACCCACAGAGAGGUAAGUGCUCUGGGGGAGGAUGAGCAGCCAACUCCAUGUCAGAAAGGGAAGCAGGGGCCCUGGGGGCUCAUAGACCCCUCUGCUGGUGGCCUUGGCUGCUGGCAGGGCGUCUUCAGAGAUUUCAACCUUUCCCCCCCCCCCGCCUGAACUCUCCCUGCAAUUUUCUUGGCAAGAUUUUUAGCCAGGGUUUGCCUGGCCUCCCCUUGCCUAAGGCUGAGAGGGAGGAAGGGGCCCAGGUCCCCCAGCUAGCUUGGGGCCUCUGCCCCUAGCACAACCAACCCAGCCCAGUUCCAGGCUUGGGGGUGAUGCUCAAGGAAGGGGCUGGGUUAGAGCCAGGGGGGCUUCCCAAACGUGACCUCACAGCAGAACCUCUCGCCUUCCUCUUCCCCAGCCAGGCCAGUCUCCCACAGGCCUCCCUUUGCCUCGCCUCGCACAGAUGCUGCUGGGAAAGUGGGUAGCUUUGGUGGCUGUGGUGAUGGAGGCCACGGCUGCUUUUCCCUCCUCACUGCUGAUUAAGAACGAAGAUGCCAACAUAACCCGGAACUGCUUCGGUUCCCCUGGAGAACAAGUGGAGUGGAAACAGAAUGGCCAGACGCUGGAGGACUCGGGCGGAGAGCUUGUCAUUAACAACCUGGACAUCCCUUAUGCCGGAAACUAUUCCUGCUGGGCCGGACCCCGGCUGCUCCACAGCUUCUAUGUGGUCAUGUGGUUGAAUCAUAGCUACUUCUUCAAGGCAGAAGGAACAAAGAAAGAACCCGCCAUUACCUGCUGGGCUCCAUCAUACAGCGGCACCUUGAACUGUUCCUGGAAGUCUCAGAACCCGGCGACUUUUCUGGUCCACCUGAAACACAGAGACACAGAGGCUGAGCUGUGCUCCACAGAAGUGGUUCUCCCCGGGAACAGAAUGGUGCAGAUCCAGUUAAAUAAUUGUUCCUUCUGUUCUUACGCUGAAGAAAUGCCCGUCAUCCUGGUGCUGAAGGGGCUUUCUGAAGAUGGUGGUGGCUACAACGAAGUGAACAAGACAUUCCUCUUAUGGGAUGUCGUGAAACCAGAUGCUCCUGCCUACCUGAAUAUCACAGGGAGGAAGGUGUCCUGGGCUCCCCCGGCCUCCUGGGACCUACCCACCACCUACUUCCCCUUGCAGUACAGCCUUCGGCUGGAGUCAGCUUCUGGCAGCCAGGAGAACUUCCUCCUCGAUGAGAAGGAGCUGAUCACAGAACAGAACUGGUACAAGGCGCAGAUCCGCUGCCAGGACCCUUUGAUCAACUCAUCUUGGAGCUCUUGGCAGGAAUGGAAGAAAUGAGGAAAUAAGCUACAAACUCUCCCCCUCCCUCUGCAGCUCUGGUUCCCCCACCCCACCCUGUCACUCGCAUAUGUAAAAUAAUUCUGUUGUUUUGCAAAGUGAUCUCAACUAUGUGUCUGAAUGGUCAUCUA